CUCAACCAAUGAGAACUUCUAAACUGUCUGAAGAGCCAAUCACAGCCUGAGAGCACAACGGCGAGCCAACCAGAGCUUUAGACUUUAAUAGAUGUCAGCUUGAGGUAAUGAGAGCUCAGCUGUUCAGAUGUUUGGAGGGUCUCCUCAGGAAAGACUGGAGUUUGGGGUUAAAACUAGAGAAAAAACAAAACUUUCUAGGCAUGAAAUCAGAAAAAAGCAAAGAGUGAAUGAAAAUUAAACUAAACAAGGAAAGGCCCUAUGAGGAUUUUAUUGAAGGAGAAGUGAAGAGAUUGUUCUGACAAUAAAUACGAUAGAGUCAGUAAAAGGGAAUUACAGGAGAUACAGUGUCAGUUGUAUCCAAAAAGAUGAAGCUGGGGGAGAAGAAGACAGUGUUGCUGGUCUCCACAGAAAGCAUUGAGAUGGAGUUGUUUUCUUCAGACUGCUGUGAGGAGACAACAACACAUGAGAAGGAGGAAGAACACAACUUUGACCAGAGAUACCUGGAGCAUCCACUAGUCCCUGACUGUGAGGAGGAUCCAGAACCGCAGGUCCAAAGCCAACCAACGGAGCAGACGAGGCCCAAAACCAGGAUCUCUGUCCAUGAAAAUAACACCCAGCAUCCUCCUGUCAUGGACAUCACACAGCAAAUGGAGAUAGAGAUGGAGGUGUUUCCUCCCAGAGUGUCAAACGAUCCCUCCAUCAUGAGUCUGCAGUCCCCGAACAGAGCCAGUCGUCUCAAAUGGAAGAGACUGAUUCCACAGAAGAAAGGACUGGUGGUUAAAGACGUGGUCUGUCUGCCCAGAGCAUACAACACGUCUCAGCCGGACAGACACACCGUUCCACACGGUAAACAGCGAGCAGCUCUGGCAGCGAUGGGACUGAUCACUCGCAUCACCAUUGACGAUAGCUGGUCAGCCGGUCAGAUGGAGAGUCGGCUGGUCAUGCUCUUCUGGGGGCGAUUUGUAAAACAGGCAGGACAAAGGUUUUCUUUCACGUACCUGCAGUGUUUGCAGGGCUCCAGAGCGCUGUUCGUCCCCGACACCCCAGCAGAGGGCUGGACUGGAGAUCACGUACUGAGGAUCUCUGGACAUGGUGCUUUGUAUAUCCUCAGUCACCAUGGCUACCCACAGGCAGAAUCUGAGAGGUCAGCAAGUGAGACAGCUGUGGUGAACAGGAACAGGUUUUAUCUGGAGGUCGGCACAGAGAGCUGCCAGGAUGAUGGCAGGGAUCUGGUAAAACAGAUCCAGCCGAGUGUCCGCAGGACCCCAAAGGAGGUCAUGCUUGACGUGGACACCAUCCUGAAAAAGUUCCGACAGAAGAACAUGCAUCGAGCUGGAGAAGCUCACACCCAGCUGAGGAGGAGAGAUGUGCUCCACGGUGCUCUGAAGGAGGUGAGGCGGCCGGACUUCUGCUUCAGGACGACACCUGUUAUCUCCUUCAGUGGAGAGGAGACUACCAGCCGACAGCAACCUCUCAAGGAGUGCUUCAGGCUGGCUCUGCUGAAGCUACAGCAAAGUUGUGUGUUUGAGGGUCGUCCAGGUCGUCUGUUCUUCACCUGCGACCUCAAAGCUCUUAAAGACAGGAAGUAUUAUGAAGCAGGAGUUCUGAUUGGCUGGUCGCUGGCUCAGGGUGGACCCGGACCUCGCUGUCUACAUCCUGUACUAUACCAGCUGAUGUGCUGCCAGAGUCCGUCUAUGGAAGACUUCAGCUGGAAGGACAUUGCUGAUGCUGAAGCACAGAUCCGACUGCAAGAGCUUCAGAAUUGCACUGAUGUGAAGCGUCUGUCUCCCAGUCUGUGUGACUGGGUGUCACGCUACGGGAUCCCAGAAAUCUACUCCACCCACUCUGAUGGAAUACCAGCAAUCUAUAGCCGCUUAGUGAAACACUACAUCUACCACAGGGUGUCCAGUAUGAUCUCCCAGUUCACCGGGGGGCUGAACAGCUGUGGUGGGCUGUGGGAUACGGUGCAGUCCCACUGGGAGGCGUUUGUGCCAGUGAUGACGAGUACACAGCAGCAGCAUCUGAUCCUGGAAGAUUUCAAACAGCUCUUCACCUUCUGCUACAGCCAUCCACAUUCGGAUCUGAGGGCAGCUGAGGAGGCCACAGCUGCACACUGGGAAACAGUCCUCACUUUAGUCAGCGAUGGUCAGGCAGAGUUUUCCUUUGAAGAUCUCCUCACCUUCAUCACAGGAGGAGAUCAGCUGCCUGCUCAUGGCUUCCCCACUUUGAUCUUCCUGCGUUUUUACUCCCAGGGUGCGAGCAUGUCAAACAUCCGUCUGCCCCACGCCUUCCCCUCCUCUCUGGAGGUCUUCCUGCCGAGGGGAGUGUCGGCGGCUGCGGACCUGUUGGCACUGCUGAACAGAGCCGUGCUUCACAUUUCCAGACAGAAGGAGCUGAUGACUGCAAGGAAGUGAGGGCAUGACUACAAAGUGGAUGUGUCAUGCUGAAACUGACUUUGGGAAGCUGAAAAGUUUCUGCAGGAUGUUAGCAAAGACAGAGAGGAAAGACACCCUGCGGUUUGGGUGCUGAAGUUUGUCGCAUUAGUUAAUGUAACUCAUGACUUGAUAAGAGAGUCCAGACAAGUGCUUGUAUUAUUUUAAGCACUGAGCAUUCGAAGUCUGGUGCAUUUUAUUCAUUCAUUGUCUGGUGUAUGUGGGCAGGUUUGCACAUGCUGUAAUUUCUUUGUGUCAUGGGAACAAUAAUGCCUUUUAGAAGAGAAGGAGGAAAUGAUAUUUAACACACCACAACAAGGGUGAGGUCUUUUAGGCUGCUGUAGAUGAGAUAUACUGGAUUGAUGCAACUUAACACAGGAAAGUAAGCUUUCUUCAUUAAUUAUUUAAAAAUAUAUAUAUUUUAUCAUGAUCAAAAAAUAUCCCAGCAUUCAUUAAAUACCAAAGUUAGCAUCAUCCACCACCACUUUGACAGUUUACAGAGCUAGUAUGAUUGCAUAAUUCACAUUUUAGAUUUCCCAUUUAUAAUCGGCUAUUUUAU